AUGGCUAAUCCAAGGGGGGAAUGCAAGGCCAUAACACUAAGAAGUGGAAAAGUUGUAGAAGAAACACCCCCAAGUCAAAGCCACCAAGAAGAAGAAGCUGCAAAGGAACCUGAAAUCAAGAAGGAAGAAAAGACCUCUGAACCAUCCUCACCAAAGCAAGUUCUGAAACCUUAUGUGCCCCAAGCACCCUAUCCACAAAGGAUGACGAAGGAUGGGAAAGACAGCCAGUUCUCUAGAUUUCUAAAAAUCUUCAAGAAGUUCCAGAUCAACAUACCCUUCGCUGAGGCACUAAAGCAAAUGCCGCUCUAUGCCAAGUUCUUAAAGGAACUUAUGACAAGGAAGAGAAACUGGGGUGAGAAAGAAACUGUGGUACUUACUGAGAAGUGCAGUGCCAUAAUACAAAAGAAGCUCCCCCAGAAAUUGAAAGACCCUGGGAGCUUCCAGAUACCCUGUAUCAUUGGGGACAUGAACAUUGAGAAGGCAUUAUAUGAUCUCGGAGCCAGCAUAAACCUCAUGUCUUUGGCCAUGAUGAAAAGAAUGAGAAUAGAAGAGGCUAAGCCAACAAGAAUGGCACUUCAAUUGGCUGACAGAACAUUUAAAUUCCGCCAUGGUGUGGUGGAAGAUCUAUUGGUGAAAGUGGAAGAAUUCAUCUUCCCAGCUGAUUUCGUUGUGUUUGACAUGGAGGAAGAAGCCAACACAUCAAUCAUCCUAGGAAGGCCAUUUCUAGCUAAUGCUGGACCUAUAAUUGAUGUUCAAAAAGGGGAGCUAGUCUUGAGAUUACAUGAAGAGAAGAUGAUUUUCAAUGUCUUCAAGGCAAUGAGCUACCCCAAGGAAGCCAUUGGUGAAUGCAUGAUGGUGGAUACAAUUGAAAACUUGGUUCAAGGAGUCCUAGAGGAAGAACAAUGUGAAGAAAUCAAAGAGCAAGAUCAACAAGUCUCAUGUGAUGAGCUACCACUGGAGACUAUGGACGAACUAAUCAUGAUGGACAAGACAAGCAAGAUGGAAUUGGAGGCACCAAAGUUGGAACUAAAGAUUCUACCCCCAAGUCUGAAAUAUGCUUACUUGGGUAAUAACAAUACAUACCCAGUGAUUAUUAACUCAAACUUGAAUGAGGAACAAGAAGAAGAGUUAAUCUAA